GUGCAGCUUUUCCCAUCACAGGGCCUGAUGUGGUGAGAGGGGCACUUUUCUCCAGAUGGAAUUUUCCUCUCUGCAUUUUACAACUCUUAAAGAUACAGGAACCGUCCAGCCGAUCUUACGUUGAGAUGGCAGCCAGGCUGGCCCUUCACUCAGGGCUGUGCUGCGCCCUCCAGUGCUGGAUCAAAGUUCUGCGUCCUAACUUGUGCUCGGGACCAGAGGGAAACAGCAUCCACUGUGUGCGCGCACGGAGGAAGGUUCCCCAGGGACAAGCCAAGAGAAGGUCGCUCUCCUCAUUGUCAUGGAGCGGAAGGUGGCCAAGGAAUUCAGGCACAAGGUUGACCUGUUAAUUGACCAUGAAGCAGAGAAGGAUUAUCUAUAUGAUGUGUUGCGAAUGUACCACCAAUCCAUGAAUCUUCCAGUAUUGGUGGGAGAUCUGAAGUAUGUAAUAAAUGAACCAAGCCGGUUGCCAUUGUUUGAGGCCAUCCGCCCUCUUAUCCCAUUAAAACAUCAAGUGGAGUAUGAUCAGUUGACACCUAAACGAUCUAGAAAACUGAAGGAGGUGAGGUUAGAUCGUCUGCAUCAUGAAGGCCUUGGAAUAAGUGUGAGAGGAGGUGCUGAAUUUGCCUGUGGCCUUUUUAUUUCUCAGCUAAUUAAAGGUGGACAAGCAGAUAAUGUUGGACUUCAGAUUGGAGAUGAGAUCGUUCGAAUAAAUGGAUACUCAAUUUCUUCAUGUACUCAUGAAGAAGUUAUUAAUCUUAUUCACACAAAGAAAACUGUGUCUAUAAAAGUGCGACAUGUUGGCAUGAUACCUGUCAAAAGUUCUCCUGAUGAGCCCCUCAAAUGGCAGUUUGUAGACCAGUUUGUGUCAGAUCCUGGGGAAGGUAAAAGCAGUGUUGCAGGGCUUGCAUCAUCUGGAGGGAAAAACCACAAAGAAAAGAAAGUUUUCAUUAGCUUGAUUGGUACAAAGGGCAUAGGAUGCAGCAUUUCCAGUGGUCCUACACAAAAACCAGGCAUUUUCAUAAGCAAUGUUAAACCACAUUCUCUAUCUGCAGAAGUAGGUUUAGAAGUUGGUGAUCAGAUUGUAGAAGUAAAUGGAAUAGACUUUUCUAACACGGAUCACAAAGAGGCUGUGAAGGUGUUGAAAAGCAGUCAAACCCUGACUAUCACUGUUGUCACUGGAGCUGGAAAGGAGCUGUUUAUGACUGAAGAGGAGAGGCAGAGGGAAGAGUAUCGCCGUGAGAUGGAUCGCCAAGAACUAAUGCGUCAGAAGCGGUUUGCACUGGAGACCAAUAAAAUCCUGAAAGAACAGCAAGAAAAAGAGAAAUUGCGAAAAAUGGAGAUUGCACAGAAGGCUGCUGAGGAAGAAGAAAGAUACCGGAAAGAAAUCGAACAGAUAAAGGCAGAGGAAGAGAAAUUUAAAAAGCAAUGGGAAGAAGAUUGGGGCCAUAAAGAGCCAUCAAAGCCUCCCAAAACUGUAGUUGCAGAAGUACAUCCUCCUCCUCAUCCUAAACAUCGAACUUUGGGAUGGUUUUAUCGGUAUGAAGGAAAAUUUCCCACAAUUCGCAAGAAAGGCAAAGAAAAAAAGAAAUCCAAAAGUGACAGUCUCAGUGAACAGAAAAAGAGCAAAAUGCAACUGGAAUUUGAGCUCAAGCUUCUCAGGGAAAAAGAAGAGAACCUGGAAAGAGAAAAACAGCUGAAAAUCAACCGGCUAGUACAAGAGGUAUCUGAGACUGAACGAGAAGAUUUAGAGGAAUCAGAAAAGACUCAGCAUUGGGUGGAAAAGCUUUGCCAAACACGUUUAGAACAAAUCUCCUCGGUGGAGAAUGAUUCUCCUGAGGUAAAAUAAUGCUCUGAUCCACCCACUACAACAGGUGUACGUCCUGCUGUUUCUCCUUCUGCUACAUCUAUGCGGAAGUUUGCUGGUGGUUUGCAGCUUCACACCACUGACCUUGAUGAUAUCAACUUAGAUGAUGUUGGCAAGCCUCCAAAACGUCCAGCACCACCUCCUCCAUUGCCCCAUGCAGCAUCUGUAUCUUCAGUGGCUUAUCCACUUUCUGCACCAAAUGGCCCACCUGCUAGGGGACCAGCUCCAGUACCCUCUACUGCACCUUCAUGGAUGACAUCAUCUUCUUGGGUGCAUGCUCCACCCCCUCCCAUGUCACCCCCAUCUUCUCCCCCACCCCCUCCUCUUCCCCCUCAGACUAUUGGUACUCUCCAUCCACUGCCCACUCAUUUGGAAGAAAGAGUGGGCAGCCACAGCUUUCAGCCUAGUGGUCCAGCAGACUCACUGAAUGACUGGGAAAUGAAAAACUACAAGGGAAGAAGUUUUAGCCCUGUUAGUUCUCAGUCCAGUGAGCAGACCUACUUAUCAACUCCUAAGCAAUUUUCUCUGAGCCCUCCUGCCCUGCGUCACCCAGCUGUACCUAUAGUCUCUAAACCAAUCAUGCUCCAUCCUGACCACAAUAUCAUGGUCAGACCAGCAAUUAAAUCUGAAGCCCUGCCUCAAGAGAUGUUUAAAAGGAUGGUGGUUUACAAUUCAUCAUUUAAAACUAACAAAAAACAAGGCUUCCAGAAGUAUGUGGAAGAUUAUGAUCCCUACACAAUGUUUUCACCUGAUCAGAUUAUGGGGAAAGAUGUGCGGCUUCUGCGGAUAAAGAAGGAAGGAUCAUUAGAUCUUGCAGUAGAAGGAGGCAUCGAUUCUCCAGUUGGAAAAAUAGUGGUGUCUGCUAUUUAUGAGGGUGGUGCUGCAGACAAGCAUGGAGGUAUUGUGAAAGGGGAUGAAAUAAUGGCUGUGAAUGGCAAGAUAUUAUUAGAUGUUAAACUGGAUGAAGCUCAGGCAACUCUUGCAAAAGCCUGGAACGUGGGUGGGGAUUGGAUUGAUUUGGUUAUCGCAGUGUCUCCUCCCAAGGAAUAUGAUGAUGAAAUGACAUUUUUUUAAUAACGUGGGAGAAACAAAAAACAUGAAUUUUGAAGAGAACUACCACUUUAUUGGUAUCAAGUAAUUUUUGACAAAUCACAAACUUCUUCCGGUAGAAAAGCGUGAAUAAGAAGAAUAUUAGAUUCUGCCAAUUCAAGGCGCACCUUGUGUUUGAACUCUUGUGGCAACAUGCCAUUUUAUUUCCUCUUGCAAGCUAUGAUCUGUGGUUGCUUAUUUACUGCUAAUAGUUGAAUAGUUUGUUGUUGAUUUUAAAAAGAGUCAAGGGCCAAUUCUGAAAUUAUCUUAAGUCCACUUCAGGUAAAAUUGUUUAGAAAUUCUCAUGUUUACAAAAGAGAGUUAGGUCAUUUCCCAUAGGUAGAAAUGCAGCACAAUCUUACAUAUGUCUACUCAAAAGUAACUCCACUGAGUUCAAUGGGACUUACUCCCUGCAAGGCAUGUAUAGAAAUGCAACUCCAGAAACCGUUUAGCAAAGAGGAUCACUAAAAAGAUGCAAUCUAUUACAGCAUAUUUUCUUUGUACAGACUUUAUAAUUAAAUAAGGCCAUAUUUUGAAAUUCGUUCUGUUACCCGUCUACCUGUUGAAUACCCCAUGCAGAGGCUUGGAAAUGAGCCAGUACACCCACCAUCUUGAAAUUUUAGAAGUAUGAUUGAAAGAUUCUCACUGAAUUCAAUGGGAUUAUAAUACUGUAAAUUGUCACUUAAUUCCUGUUUCACAGGUAAUAUUUAAAUAUAGAAGUCUUCUUUGCUAAGAAGUGAAUUUUCAUCGUGAGUAUUUAGCUGUGGAUGAUGGGACUUGUAGUUCAGCAACAUCUGGAGGACUACACCCUAGUCAGUACUUGGCAUCAUUACAGUCAAUCAAAUCAGUAAAUCAUAAAUCAUAACCCAGUAAAACCAAAGUACUUGAAUUAAGGCCAAUUCACAGACAAACACAAACCUGUUUCUUCUGCUACCACUCAACAUGUAUCACCAGGACUUGGCAUUGUAAACAUAAGUUACAUCGUAUCUCCCUAAGUAUUUGCUAUCUGCGUUACAGAGACAUGAUAAAGGGUGGGAGGAAUAGUAAAAAUGGGAUGGAGAUAGGAGGUGUAAGAGAAGAGAUGCCAGUCUUGUUUUAUAAUAGAUUAUUUAUUCUAUAACAAUCAGACAUUGUAUCAUAAGAAUUUUAUCAUUUCUUUCAUUUUGAAUCUUAGUGAGAAGACCCAUAUUCACAUCAUUCAGUUAGUCAAAUUCCAUUGUAUGGCCAAAGUCAUGCACAAUCAGUAAAAGCAUCUGUCAGCAAAGCAAUAAUACAAGUAUGUUCAUAAGUGUAGGCAUGUAUCUGCUAUAAUCACAUCUACAUUCAGCUGUGAAUUUUAUAUUGCCUUUUGUGUACUUUUCUAACUUACUAAUACUUGAGGCACAGAGGAAAGAUAUAUUUUUUUAAAUCACAGUGAUAACAUAAAUAAUU